UUGAACAUGUGAAGUAAUUUUCAGACGCAUAGGGUGACGAAAGCAUUCUAAGUCCCGAGACCCGAGUUCGAAUCCCGCCAACAAAAAAUCAGGUUCUUGAUGCGCACGAGCUUCGGGUUUAUUUUUUCCAUGUGAUUUCGACGCCAUCGAUUGUGGGUUCAAGUCUGAUUAAGUACGUUAUCCUUCUGACAGCGAAUCUGUGGAGCCGGAUAACUGGAAAUUUCGUUUAAAGAACUGCAUAUCUGUAGUAAAUCACAUAGGAAAUUACCAAAUUAAGUCACAUACGUAAAUUUCAGAGCACGGAAAGGGAAAAGAAAAUCGAAAUUAAAAAUUCAAGGUCUUGGAAUUGCUGUGCCCAUUUCCAAGGUGUUUAAAGCUCGAGAAACGAGCGUGGUCUAAGUGUGUGUAUGGCCACGGUUUUUUGCAUACCUACAUCUUUCGAUUGCAUAUGGCACCGAAAUUGUCCUUUCUUUUAAAUUAUUUUUGGCCCUGGUAUUAAAGAUGCGAGCUGCAGAGGCACAAUUUUAAGGUGGGUUUAUAUGGAUCGAAUGUCAGCCUCUGCAAUGGCGUUGGGUGGUUAGUACUUUUUUAUUCUUGUUUAUUCAAUCUGUUGUUGUUCAAUUUCGGGUCAGAAAGCUUGCAAGAAAGUAAAAUUGGGAUCUCGAAACCUACAUGGAAACAGAGCAUAGGAAAUUCGCAAUCUUAUAACUUGCAAGAAAGUGGCGUAGCGUAGAGAGUUCCUAGGAAAUUUGCAAAAAACUGUGACCAAGUAGGUAGAGGGAAGGAUUUCGAGGAAACUUGUAAGCAUGAAACACUAGAGCAGAGUGCAGGGUUUCUAGGGUUUUGAUAGCUAUUAGAGUUUUCUUUGAAUUAAAAAUUGGAAGCCAUGAAUUCUCAUGGCAAGCCCUCGGGCUCGGAAUCGGGCCCCCCUGUUUUAGACGUGGCCCCCUUGCGGGCCCUUCCUCCCAUGUUUCCUCCGCCUGCUCCACCUGGUUGCGCUCCUUUCAUUUACAUGUCGCCCUUUUCGCCUCUUGCCUCUCAAUUUGCAGCUGCAGGCGGGGUUUCCCAUAUGAAUCCACCUGCCCUUGAUCCUGUGGAGGCACAGAGGAAACUAGAGCAGGAAAUUGCAAGCAAGGAGAAACGGGCUCAGCGGUCUGCGGUUCGGAAUUUUCUGAGAAAUUGUGGCAAAAGCAACAGUAAUAUUGACAAUUCUGUAGGGAAUGGUUCUGUAAGAAAUGGUCCUGUAAGCAACGAUCCUGUAGGCAAUGCGGAGCAACCUUUGGAGAAUAAUGUCAUUUUUCUUGAUGCCCAGAAAAAGACAACGCCAAGGGUUAAUCAGGGUGUACCAAAGAGUGAGGUUUUUGAUCAGGAGGAUACCAUUACAAAGGCAGCACCUAUAGCUAAACGGGAUGUGCCAAAGAGUGAGCUUAGUGCUCAGGCGGUUGGCUUUACAACCCCCCAGAACCCCAAGAUUACUAAAACUCCCAAAACCCUCAGAACCCCUAAAACCCCCAAAAUCCCAGGUUCAGCCAAGGACAAAAAUUUGGGGGAAGAGGAAACUUCAGUUGGCACAGAGUCAUCAAAUGGUAAGAAGCGAAGAAAACGUUCAGAGUACAGGGCUAAGGGCACAAUUGUAUUCCGGGCACCAGAGGGAGGAGAUGGACAAACUUCAGCUGCUUUGGACAGGAAGAUGGUGAGGAGGGCUCUUAUCAUUUAUGAUUCGCUGCGGCGGAAACUAGUUCAGGAUGAUGAGGCCUGCAAGGAAGUACCCGCGAGUGGUAGCUGUAAGAGGCCUGACCUUAAAGCAGGGACAAUCAUGAUGGAUAGAGGUCUCUGCAUGAAUAGGGAUAGAAGGAUCAUAGGAUCUGUACCUGGUGUUAAUGUGGGUGACCUUUUCUACUUCAGAAUGGAAUUGUGUGUCAUCGGCUUGCAUGGGCCUGUUAUGGCAGGAAUCGAUUACAUUAAUGCAAAAUUCAAUGAGUGGAGUGAGCCUGUGGCCACUAGCAUCAUUUCCUCAGGUGGUUAUGAAGAUGAUGAGGACGAUGGCGAAACACUAAUAUAUACAGGGCAAGGGGGUAACAAUUACAUGACAGACAGGAAGCAAACUAAUGACCAGAAGCUUGAGAGGGGUAAUCUUGCAUUAGAACGGAGCAUGCAUCAUGGCAUUAAGAUUCGGGUGAUUCGUGGCAUGAAGGAUGGCGGGAGUCCAUCUGGUAAGACGUAUUUUUAUGAUGGUCUGUACAUGGUUCAAGAGUCAUGGUUAGAUAAAGGAAGAUCGGGAUUCAGUGUAUUUAAGUAUAAGUUGCAGCGUAUCCAGGGCCAACCUGAGUUGGGUUCUGCGCUUUUGAGAGCAACACGGCAAUGGAAAUCACAACCGUCUGCAAGGCAAGGUCUUCUUCUAUCAGAUAUGUCAUUAAAGAAUGAAAAUGUUCCUGUUUGUCUUGUUAAUAAUGUUGACAAUGACAAAGGGCCAGGAUUUUUUGAAUAUAUUAGAAAAGUUAGGUAUUCACACUCUGUUGGCAAAUUAGAGCCUUCUCAGGGUUGCGAUUGUAAGAGUGGUUGUGUUCCUGGUGAAAAAUGCUCUUGUAUUUCUCUUAAUGGAGGAGAAAUGCCAUACAAUUCAAACGGUUAUCUUGUAAAAUGGAAACAUUUAGUCUAUGAAUGUGGUGAUCAAUGUAGGUGUCCUGCAAGUUGUCGCAAUAGAGUGUCGCAGAAAGGUUUGAAGAACCAUUUGGAGGUGUUCAAAACAAAUGACAGAGGCUGGGGUGUCCGUUCUUGGGACCCAAUACCUGCUGGCAGCUUUGUUUGUGAAUACACUGGUGAAGUAUUUUCAGAUAGUGAUACAGAAGAAGAAGAUGAAGACAAUGAUUAUCUACUCCAUGCAAACCACAUGCAGAGAAACCAGAUAGAUUGCACAGGCACUUCUGAUAUUCUUUAUGGAGAUGCUCCUGAUAAGCUUGUCCGAUUUCACAUUGCUAUAGAUGCUAGCAGAAUGGGAAAUGUUUCACGCUUCAUGAAUCAUAGUUGCUCUCCUAAUCUAUUUCAUCAGGCUGUUGUUUAUGAUUAUCAUGAUACCCAGUUCCCACACAUUAUGCUUUUUGCUAUGGAAAAUAUUCCCCCACUGAGAGAGCUUACAUUUGAUUAUAGUGCAUCCCAUAACAGAAAAUCUGGAAAAAUAAAGGCAUGCUUGUGUGGAGCAUCUGGUUGUAGGGGGAAGUUUUGUUAGGGUUCUUGUGGUGGGUAUGUUUUGAAAAAGCAAAUAACUCUCUAUAUACUUUUUUUUGAGAAUCAAGAUUCUUUGCGCCAUAAUGUAAUAGAAAAUGGUGAAAGCUUAAAGUAUUAUCAUAAUGUAUAAGCAAUUGAAUGAAGGCCCGUGUAUAUCUUUCCUAAAUUGUUAGUUAUGAUUGCCAUUGUUAAUGA